AUGUUCUAUAAUUUAAAAAUAUCAAAAAAAAAAUUAUCUAUUUAUAAUUACUUAAACUUAAAUAAAAAUAAUACUUAUAUUUAUAAAAUAUGUCCUGAUAACUCUGAAAAUGAGCCUAGUAAAUAG